AAGAAAACAAAAUAUAUAUCGGUGAUUGCCCUUCCGUAUUUGUUUAUGUUUUUUAUCCGCUAACUUAAAAUAAAACAGCUGCAGCAUGUCGUAUAUGCUCCCACAUUUGCACAAUGGCUGGCAGGUGGACCAGGCUAUUCUCUCCGAGGAGGACCGCGUGGUUGUAAUACGCUUCGGUCACGAUUGGGACCCCGCAUGCAUGAAAAUGGACGAGGUGAUGUACAGCAUAGCAGAAAAGGUGAAAAACUUUGCAGUCAUCUAUUUGGUGGACAUCACCGAGGUGCCGGACUUCAACAAGAUGUACGAGUUGUACGAUCCCUGCACUGUGAUGUUCUUUUUCCGCAACAAGCACAUUAUGAUUGAUUUGGGUACGGGUAACAACAACAAGAUCAAUUGGCCAUUGGAGGACAAGCAGGAGAUGAUAGACAUCGUGGAAACAGUGUACAGAGGUGCUCGCAAAGGCCGUGGUCUGGUUGUCUCACCAAAGGAUUACUCCACCAAGUACAGAUACUAGAGUGGAUCGUCCCUAUCAUCAAAGAUUAGUAUGUCCCAUUUAGACGUAACAAAUUGAUAAUCCCAAAUAGAAGCAACUAUAACUUGGCA